CAUCAGCACGAGGGUGGUGUGAGCGUGCCGCACUCCGCGUCUCGCGCCCGCCCCGACCGCACGUGUCCUCCGUGCCCUCCAGCCGCACGCGCAUCACCGUUUACUGUUAUCAAGAGAAGAUAAGGAAGAAGUAUGAGGAGUGUCAUAUAUAUGGUCGCCCUACUGGCGCUAGCAUACGCCGCCCCUGCCCCUGAACCGGCGCCUGCGGCGAAGCCCAACCCAAAUCCCGAGCCCGCAGACGACAACCGACCAGAAAUCAUUGAAAUCAUCGCACCAGCGGCCAGCGCACAGGAGACUCUCUCGACCCUAAACCUUGGCGCUCCCGGGUCUGAGCUGAGUGAACGUAACAAGCGAACGAUCGGCAUCCUGAGACAACUGUUCCCAUCAUUGACUCAGAUAAUCGAAAAGAAGGUACAGGAUAUCACCAGCGCGGUGCUGAAAGUAUUCGGGCCCGUAUUUCUCCGCGCCUUCCUAGGCAACCGCAAUGGCGGGAAGAGCAAUAGCGGUGGAGGAACCAUCGAGCUGGACGACUCCGACGAGGAUGAUGACGACGAAGACGACCCGCAGGCGUCCGCCACCAGCACGAGCACCAGCGCUCCGGAAAGAAGGAGACGCGCGUUGUUCCUCCUGCCGAAUGCCAUCGCUGAAGAAAACCAGCUGCUCUCCGGAGCAGAGUCUCAGCAGGCCGAGGUUCGAGUCGCUUUCGGAGAUAACCAAGCGGCCUCCAGCGACGACCAGCAGACCGCAGCGCAGACCAACUCGGCCACCAUCGAUGAGAUUUCUCUAGAUGAUGCUGACGACAGUGAAGAAAAUAGAAAUAAAAGAUUCCUUAACUUUGGAGGUUCGAGUUCAUCAGGAGGAGGUGGCUCCGGCAACUUCUUAUUUGACAUCGUGAGACGUCCAGCAGAGGCCGUGGCAAGAGCGGCUGGAUCCGCUUUCCGUAUCUUCUCGGGGACGGACUCUCUCAACUUGGGCAUCACCGCCUCGCACUCCGCCACCCUCGACCCCAACGACCUUACACAACUGGUGGCCGGGUCGUCGUCUAGUGGGUCGUCAGGAGACGCAGGCGCCGCGGAGGGCGAAGACGCCAGCGCCGGUAAAGGAGACAACCUGACGGAGGGCGUCCCCGGACCCAUCACACGGCUCUUCAUCAUCGCCAACAGAGGCAUCGCCAACCUCAUCCAGGACCUCAUCCUCCGCAUCGCGCAGACUUCUGAGAGGAUAGUCAACUUCAAGGCUCGACUCAUCACAUCCAUCAUCUAAGUCGUUUCGCGAUUAGUUUAAUAACGAGUGUCUACGAUCGACCUGACUCGCCUCGCGGCUGGCAUUGGUUCAGAUAAUUCUUCCUCAUUUACCCGAUGCCAACCCCGACACGAAUCGCCGAUGGACUUUAGAAUAUUACCGCGGCGGACACUAAAAACUAUUUGACUGAACACGAAAAUAUUAAUAACCCCGAUCGGGUGCUUUCUGUCAUUACUGUUGUAAAGAUUAAAAGCUAAAUGUCCUGUAGCCGCAAUAUAGUAAUUAAAACAUGGUGUACAAGUGUCGCGAUACUCCUACUUAUAUUUGUCAAUUUUUAGAUGAAUUAUGUGAUUCCUUGGUAGUUGAUUACAUUAUUUAUCAUCGGCGACGUUUGUGCCUCAUGAAAUAUCAUCAUGUUCAAAUGAAAGCAUAUUCAUAUUUAUUUAAAACUCAUUAACUAUUUAUUAUUUUGCUUUAGCUUUCAUUAAUAACCUUUUUUUUUCUUUUUGCGUUACCUUUAAAUAUAUAGAUACUUGACAUUUCAUAGUUUUAUAAAUGCUCAAAUGUAGCGGUAGCAAAACUAGGUAUAGAUCGCGGGAAAGGGUUAACUAUUAGUAGCUUUAUCACAGUACAUUCGAUGCCGUCAAGUGAAAGUGGUCGAAGCAAAUUGACCUGUAUUUAUUGAAAUCCCCGGACGCCAUCACAGACGGAAGAUUCAAUACUGUUAUAUAGCUAUAGAUUAGACAUGUAAUUUAGAUUCGGUGAACCGACGAAGCUGCCCUAAACAAUAUAAAUACUUUGAUUUAAUUUCUUAUUUCUCGUUGUACUAAUUCCGUGUAGAAAGGUAAAUAAUUGUAUCUAAAACUCGACCAGACUAAUUAUAACUUCACCCCGGGUUCUAAUUAAGCUGGUCGGUCCAUAUGAAUCAUGCUGUGAUCAUUUUCGUGUAAAGCGCCGCGGGCUCGUCUCAGCUAGUGUUAAGUACCUAUUGUAGGUUUGAGGCGGUAGAUCCGUCUUGCUCAAGCUUUUAUAUAAUGUGACAAUCUCCAUUCGUUUUUACUUUUGUAAAUAUGUAUUAUAGCGGAAUUUACAUAAAAUAAAUGAUUAGUAAAUAA